AUGGCACCAACGCAUAACAGCCAUCCUUCAACCAGAGCACUACACGCAGACGAUGCGCUGAAUCUAGUGACAGACGUCGCACCCCCAAUCCAUUUAUCAACAAUCUUCAGAUAUCCCACUGACCCGGAUCAAUUCAUUCCCUCCAAGGAUCCAGUAGACGAAUUCAACGGCAAGAACUACGUCUACUCGCGCGAAUUCGCCCCAAACUCAACCCGCUUUGAAGCAAUCCUCUCAUCACUAAUAGGAGGCCAAGCAAUAAGCUACUCAACAGGUCUAGCAGCCCUGCACGCAGCCCUUACACUCCUAAACCCACGCAGAAUCUCAGUGGGCGAUGGCUACCACGGCAGCCAUGAAGUCAUCUCCGUGAUAUCCCGUCUAUCAGGACUUCAAAAACUACCAUUAGACUGCUCCGCUGAGGAUCUCUCCGCUGGCGACGUCAUCCUUCUCGAAACGCCGGUGAACCCGCUCGGCACGGCGUUCAGUAUUGAAGCGUACGCCAAGAAAGCGCAUGAGCGUGGUGCCUUCCUCGUUGUUGAUAGUACAUUUGCUCCGCCUGGUUUGCAGGAUCCGUUCCUUUGGGGUGCGGAUGUUGUUAUGCAUUCGGGCUCGAAGUAUUUCGGCGGUCAUAGUGAUUUGCUUUGUGGGGUUCUUGCUGUCAAAAGGAGGGAUUGGUCGACGAGGUUGUUUGAGGAUCGGAUUGCGUUGGGGUCUGUUAUGGGGGGUAUGGAGAGUUGGCUUGGGACGAGGAGUUUGAGGACGUUGGAGGUGCGUGUGCAGCGUGCUAGUGCUAAUUCUGCGAAGUUGCUUUCUUGGUUGCAUGGUGCUAUGCUGGCAGGGUCUCCAGCUGAGGGUAGUGAGGAGGCAGUUGUUCAGUCUGUUGUCAAAACUAUUUAUCAUGCUAGUUUGCAGGAUGGGGAGUGGUUGAAGAGGCAGAUGCCUAAUGGGUUUGGGCCUGUGUUUUCGAUUGUUUUGCACAAGGAGGAGUUUGCAAAGGUUUUGCCGACUAAGCUUUGCUUCUUUCAGCAUGCUACUAGUCUGGGUGGGGUUGAGUCUUUGAUUGAGUGGCGGGCUUUGUCGGAUUCAAAGGUUGAUCGGAAGUUAUUGAGGGUCAGUGUUGGGUUGGAGAACUGGGAGGACUUGAGAGAGGAUUUGUUACAAGCGUUCAAGUCGCUUUUGGCAUGA